AUGGAGACUGUUUGCCGGAGCUGCUCUAGACCGAAGCCGGAGUUCUUUAAAGCUCUCAUCGGAGACUUUAAGCAGCGACUGCGGAUCCCACAUGCCUUUGUCAAGCAUAUCUCAGAAGAAUCAUCAGGAAGAGUGAUUUUGGAGGGUCCUAAUCAUGGUAUAUGGCAUGUCAAAUUAAACAAAACAAUGAAUGGAAUAUUGUUCCUUGAAGAUGGUUGGGAGAAAUUUUCAACAGACAGCUCCUUAAGGCUAGGAGAGUUUUUAAUUUUCAAAUACAAAGGUGAUAUACAUUUCAGUGUUCGCAUAUUUGGUCAAAGCGCAUGCUGCAAGCGAGAGGAUUCAUUUAAUGUGAAAUCUUCACAAGAAUCACCCUACGUCCAAGGAAGAAGGAAACGUGGCAAGCCACCAAAGAGUUCCAAAACCGAGAAACAAGAGCAAGAGAUGGAGACUCUUUGUCCAAAUUGCUUAGAUGUGAAACCAGAGUUCUUCAAGGUCAUUAUUGGAGAUCAAAUAAUGCUGAAGAUGCGGAUUCCACCUGCUUUCGUCAAGCACGUUUCAGAAAAAUCAUCUGAAAGAGUGACUUUAGAGUGUCCCGGUGGAGAUAUAUGGCAUGCCAAAUUAUCCAGAAGAGCAGAUGGAAUGUUCAUUGAAGAUGGUUGGGAAAAAUUUUUGAGGGACCAAUCCUUAGGGGAUGAAGAGUUUUUGGUUUUCAGAUACAAUGGUGAUUUGCAUUUCAGUGUAACAAUUUUUGACAAAAGUGCAUGCUGGCGUGAGGAUUCAUUUGAAGUUAAUAAUCCCUCACAAGUAGCAAACCACCCAGGAAGUAAUCCAUCAAUGUCUUUUGAAACAAAUAAACAUGGUACUGCUGAGAAACCUCGGAGGAACAGGUUUCUUGGACUGCAAAAUCCAAAUCAGUAUGACCCUCUCCAUUCAUUUCAAGGAACUGAAGGACAAAGGAAAUCAUCACCAAAUUCUGUUAAGCACUAUGAAAUUGCAAGGUCAAAAGAAUGGGAAGCUGCUUUUACAUUUAAAAAACCUUAUUUCAUAGUUGAAAUGAAAGAACAUUGUGUCGACAAGCCGUUUUAUGUGACCAUACCAUCUUCGUUUGUGAGAUCCUAUAUUCCAUAUAAAAAGGUCAAGAUGGUCCUGCAAACUGACAAUAACAAAAGGUGGCCUGUGAGUUUCAGUAAAUUCGCAACAAGAUCUUGCAUAUGUGGAGGGUGGGCUAAGUUCUGCCUUGAUAGCAAUCUCAGGAAAGGAGAUUAUUGUGCAUUUGAGCUUGUGGAUGAACUUGAGCUUCGUGUGUAUAUCAGCCGAGUUCACUGAACUUCCUACUGAUGAAAAUGAAUUCUCGCAUCGGCUUUCACAGCUCUAAAAUAGUGAA